UUCGCAUAUGUGAGCGUGUGUGUGCAAUUUCGAAUUAAAAUUACGUUUAAUUUAAAGUUUCCAGUGCAAUGAGAAAAUUAGCAAUGCUCUAAAAUGUGUUCGGUGCAAGUGAAAGUUCACGAAAAUCAUAUAAAAUUAAUCAUAUGACAGCCGGCAAACGUUAAAUUUAAAUUUGACUUUGACAUUUUAUGUGUCAUUUUUGACAUUUUUUUUUUUUUGUCAUGACGGGCAGCGAUAACAACAACAAUACGGGAUAUCGAUUAAAAUACGCUAUCGAUAGACACACUGUGAUUAAUUAGCAGAAUAUUUCAAAUAAUUUUAGUUCAUUUCUAAUUUAGUCGAGAGACCAUAAAUUACUAGUGCAAUGACAUAGGAAAUUUAAAAAAAUUUAUAGUAGGCCAUGAACUGUUAGUCCCACAGGAACUAACGAGCCUUCAAACAGUUGAACAUCAAAGCCCGUGCUGUGAACACAGCUAAAUAAAAUUCUCAAACAAAAGUCAAAAAUAAAAAUAGUCGUGUGAAAAAAAAGCAAAAAAAAAAAACGGUUUUUUUUCGGUCUACUUGUCUGUGAAUAGAUUUAGUCCGUGUAUCACCCCGAGUCAUGAUUUCACCGGAGCAGGAAGAAGUUAAUUUGGUGCUGGAUCGCCAAGUGCGUCAAAAUAUUCAGGAAAUGAUGCAGGACCCCAAUGUGCAGGCCAGUCUACGGGAAGGUCGCAAGGCGGGCUAUUCAAUCGACCAUGAACAGGACUCUAUGACAAUGCAAUCGGCGGAUGAAACUGCCGAAGAUGAUUCAGAGCAAUUGAUGAUGUCUGCAGGAAAUGAAAUGCAAAACUAUCAUGAUAUGAUGGUUGUCGAUUCCGAUAAUCAAAUGGAUAUAAAUGGUUCCAUGCGCAAACGUCGCGGCAAUUUGCCCAAGCAAUCUGUGAAAAUUCUUAAGCGUUGGCUCUACGAACAUCGCUAUAAUGCCUAUCCCAGUGAUGCGGAGAAGUUCACCUUGUCCCAGGAGGCCAAUUUAACAGUGCUGCAGGUCUGCAAUUGGUUCAUCAAUGCCCGUCGACGUAUCCUACCCGAGAUGAUACGCCGUGAGGGCAAUGAUCCUUUACAUUUUACCAUCUCACGUCGGGGCAAAAAGAUGAGCCCCAACACAUCUGGAUCGAGUGCAACGGGCUUAAAUGAAUCAUCUGGAAGUGGAAAAGCUGCAGUUGGCUCUACUGCUAGUGGUAGCGCUACCCAUCCCAUCACUAGCAGUCCAGCAUCAGAGGUGGUUGUGGGCGCCACAGAGGAAGUGGAUAGUGCAGCCGAGGUUCAUGAGGGUAUCGCCAAUGUUUUGACCAAUUUCGAUCAAUAUGUCCAGGGACCCAAUGGUCAAAUGAUGAAAAUAGAGCAAGAAUUCGAUGAAAGCGUCAUUUACAGCUGGCAGCAAGCAAUUGCCAAUAAUCCCACGGGUUUUCAAAGUCUCCACUCAUCGCUUCAAGCCACCAUGAUUGACAAAAUACAAUCCUAUCAAAUGCGCAAGGCGGAGGCACUUCGUUCGAGUUCAUCUCAAACGAACAAGAGCGCUAGCAGUGGCAGUAGCUCUUCCACUUCACCCAUAUUGCCUUGCAAUUUGAAUGAUAGUUUGCCACCUGAAUUCGAUGAUGAUCAGAAUCCACGUAAACGUGGACGCAAGUCUCAAGCCAAAGAUGAUGAUGCUCGCCAGGGGGGAAAGCAAUCCAGACAAAUAAAUCCGAAUAAGAAAUGCAAGCAACAGGUGCAGCAGCGCAACAAGAAGCAGGCUAACAAAUUGUGCAAACAAAAUAACCCAGCAGAAACUAGAUCCGAUGAGGGCGAUGAAAGCAGUGGUCAGGGUUAUGAUUCCUGUGAGCAACAGAGCAGCGAAGAGGAAGUACGAUUCGAGACCUCUUUGGAUUGGCAAUCUGUAAUGAAGACCGUUUUCAGCACUGAAGAGGUGACCACAACCAACGCCAGCUCCAGUAAUAAAACCAAUGCCAAUGCCAUAAAAACUGCAGCCCAUCGGUCUGUUAAGCAAGAAAAUAUUAAGAAAGAUGACAAUGAAGAACAAUUGGCUGUGGGAGCCGAGGCCACUGUUAUAACCACAGAUGAUGCACCAAGCGGUGAUAGUGCCGCCCAACCUGAAAAUGAAUCCUUUAACGUAACAAUGUUAGAACAUUCGAACACUCAGUCGCCGGCUCCGCAGCCAACAGCCAGUGGGCUCAGUCGUGAGGAUCGUGAUAAAUACAAGUGUUUAUAUUAUUUGGUUGAAACUGCCAUGGCUGUGCGUCAAGCUGAUCCUAUUCAAGAAGAGGAAUUAGUCUAUCGUCUGGGUAAUUAAUCCUGCAUUUAUAGUCAUUAACUUCAUUACAUAUACACAAACACAACACGCUUCUAGAAAAGUAAAUAUUGUAAAUACAUCAUAGAUUUAGGGUAAUUAUACAAUAGCGCAAUUGUAUGAUCGAUGAAAUCAAUCAUAUACAAAAACCUUAAACAUUUAACUUUCCCGGCCAGAGCAAAACAUAUCAGGAAUUGUCAAUUUUUGUGAACAUUUUAAACACUAAUAUCUAUAAAUUUGGUUUUAACUUUAAUUAUGUAAAGUAAACAUAAACACAAUUGAACAUAAUAAAGUAAACUAAAUUGUCCCCCCCUAUA